AGGAAGCUGUCAUACAUCAACCAGGUAUUUGAAAUGAAUGGCGUACACAUUCAAUUAAGUGAAAAAAGGUUACAAGAAUUUCGAACACAGCUAGAUGGCGAUCAAUGCAAUGAUUUGAUUCGAGUAUUGCCUGAAGUUAUUCGAAUCAUAUGUCAAGACGAAGAGAAAUUGAAAAUGUGGGAUGAGGCAAUUGAGCAGCUACGAGAUAUUCUUUUUCUAUUACAGACGCAGCACUUUGCGAAGAUGAGUCAGGAUCAAGCGAAGAAUUUGCCCAUACAGAUUAGAAGCUUUGCGUACAGGUUGAUUCGUUUGGUUGGACAAGCAAAACUUCUUCAGUCGUUCUACUUGCAUUCAAUGGUGUCUGGACAUGUAGGAGACCAGUUCACAUAUCUCUACGAGAAAUAUGGAGUUGAAAUUGGACUGCUCAACAUGUCUUGCAUCGAGCUUCGUCAUAGGUUGCAGGGCCGUCCAUCCUAUCAGCGAGCAUUGAUUUUGGCCAACAACUACAUCGCAAAAUCAAAAAAAAAGUUGGUACCCUCGGAUGAAGGAUCUGCAUCUGGGUCAGAUUCCAACGAUUUUCGCUGCCCAUGUAACAGCGCAAACGGCCCAUCGUUCAAGCAAGACCAGAAGGGAAAGUUCCAUAAGUGUUGCAGAGCACAUUUUACACUGGGUCAGCUCUUGUUGCAAAGCCACGUAUGACCAUGACUUGUACACGUCAGACUGAAUUUUGUAGUGUUUUAUUCAUCCGAAUAAAUGCGAGUCAAAUG